AUGUCUGGAAGCGCCUACGAUAGACACAUCACCAUCUUCUCAGACCAAGGUCGUCUGUAUCAAGUUGAAUAUGCCUUCAAGGCAAUCACCUCCGCAAAUAUCACUUCGCUAGGUGUCAGAGGAAAGAACUGCGCCGUUGUUCUGUCGCAGAAGAAGGUUGCUGAUAAAUUGAUCGACCCCUCUUCCGUUUCGCAUAUCUUCAAGCUUUCGCCGUCUGUCGGAUGUGUUAUGACCGGCUCCAUCGCCGAUGCCAGAGCGAGCGUUGACCGUGCCCGUGGAGAGGCGGCCGAGUUCCGAUACAAGUACGGCUACGAGAUGCCCUGUGAUGUUCUUGCCAAGCGCCUUGCCAAUAUCAACCAGGUCUACACGCAACGGGCCUACAUGCGCCCGCUCGGCGUUGCUAUGACCCUUAUUUCCGUGGAUGAUGAGAAGGGCCCGCAACUCUACAAAUGCGACCCUGCCGGUUACUAUGUCGGUUACAAGGCGACCGCAUCCGGUCCCAAGCAGCAGGAGGCGCUGAAUCAUUUGGAGAAGAAGCUGAAGAACAAGGACUAUGCCGAGGGCAGCUGGGAGGAGGUGGUCGAGCUGGGCAUCACCGCCUUGAGCAACGUGUUGAGCGUCGAUUUCAAGAAGCACGAGCUGGAAAUUGGCAUUGUUGGAGGGCCUCGGGCUGAUGGCAAAGAAGGCACAGAUCCGAGCUUCCGUGCCCUGACGGAGGAUGAGAUCGACGAGCGGCUGCAGGCCAUCAGCGAAAAGGACUAAUUGACUAAUCGAGUUGAGCGAGCAUCCAUGUCGGUAGAGGCAAACGAUCCAUGAAUAUUACUUUUCUGACGCUACUAUUGAACCUUGAAUGAUAACCCCUAUCUUGUUCUUGCGUACCCUGCUUUCCCUUGUCUUUCCAGUUGCCGAUCGAUCUCAGAUCUUGGAAAGUAUCCCGUGCAUCGGAGUCGGAGUUAGCGAAGCAAUCCCACUCACUUCUCCAGACAGUGGCAAUUCCAAACAGGG